UGGCUGAGAUUCAUCAAAACAUUAUGCGCUACAACCUUACCUUUCUCUUUUCUCCCAUAAACUUUCCCAUCAACGCGAAAUACCAAUAGGAAAGCGUUAUGGAUUCUGAUGAGGAAACGAAGGUCUGCGGCAAUUGCCAUCGUGAAAAAAAUAUUGACCAGUUUGUUUCUCUUCGUCAAGCCGACCGCCAAGUAGCGACAUGCCUUAGCUGCCGCGGCAUUAAAAAGCGACCGGACCCCCCAGCUGCUACAACUGCGACUCCAAUUGCGCCCCGACGCAAUAUCACCCAUUCGGUGCUUCAAGAGAGGUAUCCUCAAGGUGGGCAUGUGCCAGGUGACUCGCCUGCGACGGACGCUGCUCGCCAAGAGCUUAACAACAUCCAGCGCCGCCAUCGUGUGGAAAGACGUGGUGGUGAAGACCCUUCACAGACCCCCCGUUUAGAAGACUUGAUUGAGCAUCAUCGACCAAAUCCCGAGAACCAGCUUCAGGAUGAUUUAGAAGCUGAGGCUGAGCCGGUUGCGCCGCGUGGGAAUCGUGGGGGAGGAAGGCCCCGCGGACGCCCUCCGAGGACGACCUCGCAGAAAUAGCCCUAGCCCCGAGCCAGCCGCUGCUAACGAACCGAGGCAGCGAGGACGCCCCCGCAGAAACAGUCCUUUACCACCCGCUGCUAACGAGCCUAGGCAGCGAGGACGACCUCGCAGAAAUAGUCCUAGCCCCGAGCCAGC